AUGCGUGCUCUCACGGAUGUGGAGACGCAAACGCUGUUCUCGAAGCUGGCCAAUUACACCGGCCGCUCUCUGAACCAGCUCAUAGCACCCACAACCUCGAAUGGCGAGACAGAUGAGGACCGCUAUGUCUUUCGGCUGCACGAGUCUCGGGUCUACUAUGUGCGUUUGUCACUCGCGAAUCUGGCCACGUCGAUAGCACGCGAGAAUUUGCUGUCUUUAGGGACCUGCUUGGGCAAAUUCACGAAGACCGGUAAAUUUAGGCUACAUAUCACUGCCCUCGAUGUCAUCGCCCCCCAUGCAAGAUACAAGAUUUGGGUCAAGCCGAAUGGCGAGAUGCCUUUUCUGUAUGGUGGAAACAUAGUCAAGGCGCAUGUUGGAAGGUGGAGUGAGGAUUGCCCGGAACAUCAGGGCGUUGUGGUACUGGGCAUGGAUGAUACUCCUCUGGGCUUCGGCGUCACCGCAAGAUCUACUGCAGAAGCAAGAAAGAUGGAUCCCACGGGCAUCGUUACGUUUCGUCAAGGAGAUGUCGGCGAAUAUCUCAGAGAGGAGGACACACUCUUCGUAACGUGA